AUGGCAAGUCCACCUUCCGCUGCUAGCGAGUAUGAUCCCAAGAAUGAUCCAACCCGGAAGCCACAAAAGACCAAGGAUCUAGGAUGGAAGUACGUCUACUGGCCAAACCUUAGCAACAAGGAUGAGGUGGCUUUGGAGAUGCAAAAAAAUUGUCCUAAAGUGAGCACUGAAAUUAGGAAGGAGAUGGCAGCUUAUUUGGAGGCUAACAAGAGAAGAAGACCUUUGUUCCUAGAGGAUGAGGAUGGAGAAGCAGAAGUGGUGGAGGUGACAUCAAGUGGGCCUCCUGUAAGUGAGGCACAACAAAAUGAAUCUUCUCAAGCCGCCAAGGUUCAUCCUAGUUCAGGGACAACAGCCAAAAGAAGGCAAUCAACCAUACAAUUGAAGGCUGUUGGUAACAAGACUGCACAGCAAAAGACAAAGACCAUUGUUGAGAUGCUUCGAAAAACACCAGAAGAGGUGGUAGAUGAGAGACUGUUAGAUUCUUACCAGCCCACAAUCAAUGCAGCAGCCGCAAGACAAUUUCAGAUUACAGUUGAGGCCACAACUCAGUUUGGUUCAGGGUACAAGCCUCCAACACCUUAUCAACUUGGGGAGCCAUUGCUUAAAGAGGCUGUGAAGUCAACAAGUACCAUGAGGGAGGAGCAUGAGAGGGCAUGGAAACAGUAUGGCUGCACACUUAUGUCUGAUGGAUGGUCCAAUAGGAGGGGACACCACUUGAUUAACUUCCUAGUGAACAGCCCGGAGGAGACAUACUUCUUGGAGUCAGUUGAUGCAUCAAGUGAAGUACAUGAUGCUAAGAUGCUUGCUGAUCUGCUAGAGGAAAGAAUUGAUGACAUUGGAAAAGACAAGGUUGUCCAAGUUGUUACAGAUAAUGGUGCUAACUUCAAGGCAGCAGGCAAGCUUUUGAUGGAAAGGAUUCCUACAAUAUUUUGGAGUCCAUGUGCUGCACACUAUUUGGAUCUCAUGCUAGAGGAGAUUGGGAACUUGCCAGCAUUCAAGAAAUAUAUUGCACGUGCAAGGCGUGUUACAACUUUCAUCUAUAGGCAUGGGAGGAUCCUUCAUGCCAUGAGGGAGAAGACAGGUGGGGCUGAUCUUGUGAGACCUGCAGCAACUCAUUUUGCAACUUUCUUUCUUACUUUGAAGAGUUUGUACAAGCACAAGGAAGUUUUGAAGGCUUUAUUUCAUAGUGAACAAUGGAUUGGAAAUAAAUUGGCAAAAACCAAAGCAGCCCCACUUCUCAUUGUGCUUAGGGUGGUUGAUGGAGAUGAGAAGCCAGCAAUGCUAGAGGUUCAAGCAUUAAUGAACCAUGCAAAAGAGAAGAUCAAUCUGAGCUUUGCCAUACCAUCCAAGAAAAAGUUGCUUGACAAGAUCAUGGAGAUAAUUGAGCGAAGAAUGGUGGAGGAUAAGAAAACUAGAGACAAGAUCAAUGCUCAAGCCAUGGAUUAUGAAUUUCUUCGAGGAGAUGCUUUUUCAAACAAAAUGGCCGAGCAAAACCUUGAGUCUUUGAGCCCUCUUGAUUGGUGGCGUUCAUAUGGUGGCCGUGCUAUUGAGCUACAAAGGUUUGCUAAGCGUGUGGAGUUUGAUUGGGACAAUGAGUGGGCUGACUCACUGCAUGUGCCCCCUCAUGGUGCUCGUGGCUGUGAGUGUGACCUUACAUGGGACAUUGUUGAUGAAGCUAUUGGAGCAUCAGAGUUACUUCGUGGCAGAAAUUUACCAAGAACAGCCCACAACAAGCAUGCUAGAAAUUCUGCACCUAUUGGGGUUCAGGAGGAGCUGGGUUCAGAAAAUGAGGAUGAAGAAAAUCAAGAUCCCUAUGAUGACGCAUAUGUGACAGAUUGA